AUGACGCCAAUGCGCCAUGCCCUUCCCAUGAAGAUCAUAGUACAAACCUCCGGGGGCGCGAAGCUAUGCCUCGUGUGCCGCACUGUGCAGUACUGGCUCCUUCCCAUCCUCUACCACACCGUCGUCCUCUCUUCCUCGGCCGUUAUCGAGCGUUUCGCCGCCUCCAUCACCGGCACGAGGCCGAGCGCUAGCAGCGCCCCCUUGAUCGAACUCAAACCUUCCGCCCUCGUGCGCAAGCUGUGGAUCGGACCCACCAGCAGCAUCGACCAAGCCUACCUCUCCUACAACUCCCCCGCCUGGCCCGUUCCGCGCAUCUGCGCGAUCCUCGCCCUCUGCCAGUCUCUCCACGCGCUCGCGAUCAUGAACGUCCACCAGAAGUCGUGGCCGCGCCUCGCGCUCGACAUCCCGCGCGGCGUGCGCGCGCUCUGGAUUGGGCUCGUGCAUGGCAAGGCGGACUGGCGGUACCUCCCGUGCGCGGCGAGCGCGCGCGAGUUCCUCACGAUGGACACGUACAUGACCGAGGACGAGCUGCGGCAGAUCGUGCGCUCCCAGAGCAUCCGUCGCGUGCGCCGCUUCUUCUCGAAGCCGCAGCUCGGGUGCGUCGAGGACGCUCGGGGGCUGGAGAAGCUCGAGGUUGUGUGUUGCAGCAGUUCGAAGGAGGAGGCCGCGACAGCUUUGGAGGAGGCGCUCCAGACAUAUCGGUACGAGCCGACGCCACACGUCGCGCUCAUACCUAGGUCCCACAUGUACAAGGGGCGCUGCGACCCACUCGCGCUCCUCCAUGACGACUGGCUCAGUGCCACACGUGUACGUUGUUGA